AUGGACAUGAUGGGCAACAAAGAGCGACGAGGCGUGAAUUUCAAAGGCUUGCUGAAGAGGAAUUGGCUCCUGCUUGCCACGGUUCUAUCAGUGCUGCUCGGGAUCAGUUUGGGCAUUGUGGUCAGAGAGUAUGCAUCCCUCUCUAAUCUCGACAAGCAGUAUUUUGGGUUUCCUGGAGAGAUCCUCAUGCGGAUGCUUAAGCUGGUCAUCCUUCCGCUCAUCAUUUCAAGCAUGAUAACAGGUGUUGCAGCCCUGGACUCUGAGGUAUCAGGAAAGAUAGGUCUGCGAGCUGUUGUAUAUUACUUCUCAACAACUAUCAUUGCAGUUAUUCUCGGCAUUAUUUUAGUGAUGACUAUCAAACCAGGAGUCUCUCAGACAGCUGAUCACAUUGACAGAGUUGGGACCACGCCCAACGUCACAACAGUUGACACACUCCUGGACCUCAUCAGAAACAUGUUUCCAGAAAAUCUGGUGCAGGCUUGUUUUCAACAGUACAAGACCAAGCGCAAAGAGUUGGAGCCUCCAAAACCGUCAGCUGAGACCACCACAAUUCCACCUCUGACUACUACUAUCAUGGCAGCAGUAGAAAAUAUCACCAAGGAUUAUAAAAUCAUUGGGGCGUAUUCUGAUGGAAUCAACGUAUUGGGCCUUAUCGUAUUCUGUGUUGCUUUUGGACUCGUCAUUGGGAAGAUGGGUGAAAAGGGACGCAUCCUCCUGGAAUUUUUCGAUGCCCUAAAUGAAGCAACCAUGAAACUGGUCCAAAUAAUUAUGUGCUACAUGCCGAUAGGGAUCCUGUUCCUAAUCGCUGCUAAGAUCAUUGAAGUGGAAGACUGGGAGAUCUUCAGGAAGAUGGGUCUUUAUAUGGUGACGGUGCUGAGUGGUCUAGCCAUCCAUGCCGUCAUCUGCCUGCCACUGAUCUUCUUUGUCAUUGUGAGGAAGAACCCGUAUACAUUCACACUGGGAAUGGCUCAGGCACUGGUGACAGCACUCAUGAUCUCCUCCAGCUCUGCCACCCUGCCCGUCACCUUCCGAUGUGCUGAGGAGAACAACCGCAUCGACAAGCGCAUCACCCGCUUCGUCCUCCCAGUGGGUGCCACCAUUAACAUGGAUGGCACAGCACUGUAUGAGGCAGUGGCUGCUAUCUUCAUCGCCCAGCUGAAUGACUAUGCUCUGGACAUUGGCCAGAUUGUUACCAUCAGUAUAACAGCAACGGUUGCCAGUAUUGGAGCAGCAGGAGUUCCUAAUGCUGGUCUUGUUACCAUGGUGAUAGUCUUAACAGCUGUAGGAUUACCUGCAAAUGACGUCACACUGAUAGUUGCUGUGGAUUGGCUGCUGGAUCGGUUCCGAACUAUGAUCAACGUGCUUGGUGAUGCUUACGGAGCCGGCAUUGUCCAGAAACUAUCCAAGAGGGAACUGGAGAGGAUGGAUCUAACAUCAGACGUGGACGUCGCCAACCCCUUCGCCCUGGAAGCCAAUUUAGAUGACGAAGAGUGCGAGAAGAAAUCCUAUGUCAACGGAGGCUUCACCGUCGACAAGACAGAUGCAAUCUCCUUUACUGAAACCUCCCAGUUUUAGCUUCUAGUCGGCUCAGUGGAGCAAAGAAAGUGCCAUGCUGCUACGGAUGUAAAGCAGAACAACCUUCCAUCAUGUAUCUGCACCAUGAUGAGUGAGCGCCACAACAAAGCUCAAACAUUAGCAAUAGCAGCCUCCAUUAAGCUUAUCCAAGAUGAUCACCCUUCAUGUCGGACAUUUACAACCACGACCAGAUUAAAGUGCUUCCUUCUUACACUGAUAUUGUGCCAAGAUUACGAAAAGUCUGUUAUCUUUUUAAUUAAGAGUGUUUUCUUGCAAAGUUGCACUCAAAAGAAGAGCUGUUUGUGUGAGUUGUGCAUGAGGACCUUCUUUUUGGAUGGUGUGUGUAUGUAUUCUGCAAAAAAAAAAAUCAAUUCAACACUAGUAAACAAGAUAAUAAUAUUUUACAAUUCAAUCCAACUUUAUUUGUGUCUUGAUU